GUUUGUUUUGGCCAUCGCCGAAUUCAAUUUCGGGUGCUCUCGUAUAAAUCGAUUUACUGUCCUCUUCCAUGGCUGCUGCGGAUAUCGAUGACUGUUCUGUAAUGGAAAAGAGUUCGUCCUCAUUUUCACGGCUUCCGCCGACUCUGUCUCCGUCGGAGUUCUGGAACAGAGUGGAGGACGUCACUCGCGAGAUUAUAGAGCUAGUUCAUCCAACACUUGUAUCCGAGGAUCGAAGAAGAAAUGUGAUUGAUUAUAUGCAAAGACUAAUCAAAAUGACAUUAGGAUGCGAGGUACAUUCUUUUGGAUCGGUCCCAUUGAAAACGUAUCUUCCUGAUGGAGAUAUUGAUCUCACAGCUUUUGGUGGGGCUUUUGGUGGGCCCUGGAACGAUGAUGAACUGGCCCACAAAGUUUUCUCUCUGCUUGAGAGUGAGAAACAGAAUGUGGAUGCCCAGUUUAUAAUUAAGGAUGUUAAGCUGAUACUUGCUGAGGUUAAGCUUGUGACAUGUCUGGUGGAGAACCUUGUGGUUGAUAUCUCUUUUAAUAAGCUCGGUGGGAUUUCUACUCUCUGCUUUCUCGAGAAGGUGGAUCACCUUAUUGGAAAGGACCAUCUAUUCAAGAGAAGCAUCAUACUCGUCAAAGCUUGGUGCUACUACGAGAGCCAUAUUCUCGGGGCUGUUCAUGGAUUGAUAUCCACAUAUGCUCUGGAGACGUUGGUCUUAUAUAUUCUCCAACUCUUCCACUCAUCGUUGGAUGGUCCACUAGCAGUUUUAUACAAAUUCUUGGACUACUUCAGCAAGUUUGACUGGGAUAACUAUUGCAUUAGCUUGAGUGGUCCUGUCUGCCGUUCCUCCCUACCAGAAAUUGUUGUUGAGACUCCGGAAAAUGGAGGGCAAGAUCUACUGCUGACAAGUGAGUUCCUCAAUAACUGUCUGGAGAUUUACUGUCUACCUUCACGAGAUUCUGAGACAAAUGCACGUGCGUUUCAAUCAAAGUAUCUGAACAUAGUUGACCCGCUUAAAGAAAAUAACAAUCUUGGUCGCAGCGUGAACAAAGCUAACUUCAAUCGCAUACGAGCUGCAUUCACAUUUGGUGCUCGGAAGCUUGGGAAAAUCAUUUUGCAGUCUGAGGAGGAAGACAUAAGUCUUGAGCUUCCCAAGUUCUUCUCGAACAUGCUACGCAAGCAUAGGAGUGGCCAGAGGCCUGAUGCUGUUCCAUCUGCCUCAGCUGCCAACCAUGUCCAAGAAGGUCAAAUGCUUGAUAAGGAAAGUGUCUCUCCUUUGAAUGGUAAGCAUCAUUCUUCUCUCCCUCGGUUCGAAAAUGGUAAAGUAUUAAAUGGAACCGGGGUGGAGAAACUGCAAGAGAAUUCAUGUCUUGGCACUCCAAAUUUUCUGUGUGAUCUCACAGGGGAUAGUGUCAGCCAGCUUUACAGUUUAGUAUAUGGACGCUGGUGGCUUGGUUAUGUCCAAAACGGUCCACUAUUGACUCAGGACAAUUCAUGGGAAGUGUUUCCACAUGCACUGCCACUAUUCAUCCCGAAUGCCCCUCUGGGUCUAGUAAACCCCGAUGGAACUCUUGUCUUUCUUGUGAACCCUCAGAUGAUUCCAAACACUAAUGCUGGUCUCCAGGAAUUGCCUAAGCCUCAAGGAACUGGGACAUACUUCCCCAAUGUGGUCGCCGAGGAAUUGCCUGAGCCUCAAGGAACUGGGACAUACUUCCCCAAUGUCAAUGUGGUCGCCGAGGAAUUGCCUAAGCCUCAAGGAACUGGGACAUGCUUCCCCAAUGUGGUCGCCGAGGAAUUGCCUACACCCUCCUCCCGAAGAAGAUCACGUCGUAACAACCGCCGUCGCCAUCAUCAACCCAACCAAACAAAUGGUUGUUGUGAUAUGAGUCAAGCUGGCAUACUUGGAAGCUACUCUGGUACCAAUGGGUCUAUAAAUCAUCCACAUGAGCCUCUACCAGCUAAGGGAAGAAAGAAAAGUGAUGUCAUAACAUCUAUACCCUCCUCCAUGCAGGAAGAUCGGUACAGCAUAUUCUCUGACCAUUAG